UCCGCUGGAGGCUGCACCAGUUGUCAUCAGCUGGCAUGAUGGGUUAUAAGCUUACUGGUUUAUAAAGUUACAGGUACAUUAGCAGUCUCCAACUGCAUCAAAAGCUGUAGCUGUUUUGUAUUUCUUUUGACGGGCUGCUCCUCUGCUUUUUUACAUUGGGUGUUUGCAGGAGCUUUGCUGAAUCACUUUCUCUUCAAAACUACGAAAUGUCUAUGUACCUUCAGUGCAAACAGAUCAGUACGAUGAUGGCGCUGCGUUCGUGGCAGACAGUGCACCCACAUAGACCCCUCAUCAGAUUCAGAAAUGGACCCAUGGCAGUGUCUUCAGAGCGCCCAAGUACCAUCUCGUCUGUUCAGGUGGCGGCGCCACCCAGCGCCCCUAGCGCCCCUAGCGGCGGCAGCAGGAAGUGGAGCGUGGUGCACGCCGGCCCCGUGCUGGAGGAGUGGCAGGUCCCAGCCCGCUACCGCCGCCUUCCGAUGGACGAAAAGGAGAUGGAGGCUAUCAAUAUGGGAGGCUCCGCGUAGCGCCGCGGUCGGCCGGCGGUAGCAGCGACGGCGCGAGAGCGAGUGUGAAUGACGGGUCGACUCCGAGGCGACCGGGCCGUCAGCGGCCGCC